GGGUGCAGGCCAACGAGGGAGACAAAAGAGGCUGCGGCUGCAUUCAACGUGCUGCUGUUGUGUUGUGUGUCCGUCUGCGAGCCGCUCCUCCUCCUCUUCGCCAAGAAAGAAAGAAAGAAAAAGAAAGAGAGAGAGAGGGGGGGAGAGAAAGAGGGGCCAACCGAUAUCGCCGGACCUAUCAAGUUUUGGGAGACUUUCGCGGAGCGGGACCAACCCCCCCACCCCGCUCUCGAAUCGAGGAAGUCUUCCAAAAGCAGGACCGGUUCCUUGCUCCCUCCUGCCCCGGCCCUCACGCGUCGAGAGCGGGGCGGCGGGUGCUCCGGGAGAGCCGCGAAAAUCAGAACAAAGGAAGGCGAGAGGAACGAGCGAGUCCUCGGAACAGCUUCCUUGCCAAAUGUCCCACUAAAAAACGAAAAAGAAAAAAAAAACUACAAAAAAGAAAUAGCGCACACACAUACAAAAGCUCUCCUCGUAUUCCUCGAGCAAGCUUUUUCCGCCUCGCCGGGGGACAAGAAGGACAAUAACCAUCCGGAGACGCACGUUUUGCCGGCAGAAUGUUCCCACAAAACCGAGCACCGUUUGAAGCUGGAAUGUGAGAAAUUGGCCACCGAGAAGACAGAGAUCCAGAGACACUACGUGAUGUAUUACGAGAUGUCCUACGGCCUUAACAUCGAAAUGCACAAACAGACCGAGAUUGCCAAGCGGCUGAACGUGAUCUGUGCUCAACUCAUCCCAUUCCUGUCUCAGGAGCACCAGCAACAGGUGGUCCAAGCUAUGGAGCGCGCCAAACAGGUGACCAUGGGGGAGUUAAAUGCUUCCAUAGGGGUACGUGGGCUCCCCCCUCUGCCUCAUAGUCAGCAGCUUCAAGCGCAACACCUCUCGCAGCACGCACAGGGUCUGCCGGUGGGGCCGCACCCGUCAGGGCUGCCUCACCCGGGCCUGGCGUUGGGCGGGGGCUCCGGGCUGCUGGCCCUGUCUGGGGCCCUGGGGGCCCAGCUGGCCGCCAAAGACGAGAGAGCUCACCUGGAGGCCGCUGCCGCCGCCGCCGAGCAUCACCGAGACCGGGAAGCAGGACCGAGCUCUCUGUCCAAUGGGGACAAAGGUCGCCCUGCAGACUACCUCAGCAACAGCAAGAAGAGGAAAGCUGACGAGAAGGAGUUCAUGACGGACUAUGGCAGCGAUGCAGACAAAAGCGAUGACAACUUGGUGGUUGACGAGGACCCAUCGUCCCCGCGUAGCGUGCAGUCCUACUCAUCCAGGGAAAACGGCCUGGACAAGAUGCCGCCCUCUCGCAAGGAAGGACCUCCACAGGCCAGCCCUACCUCGCUGGCGUCCUCCAGCAGCGCAACGUCACCGUCGCGUGGCAAGGAGUCUUCACAGAGAGAGAAAUCCAGUACUCCAGGUAUGAAGCCAGGAACCCCAAUGUCCCAGGAGUCCAAUACCCCUGGACCCAGUGGACCGCCGCAGUUCAGACCCAUCCCCGGCAAGCCUGGUGUCGACCCGCUGGCUCUUGGUCUGAGGAACCCCUUGGUCGUGCAGGGCGCGUACCCCCCAGGGGCUUUCGGUCUGCCUCCUCCCGGGGUCAACGGGGACCUGCCCGGCGCGGCGGCCUACGGCGCAGGCCUCCACCUGGUCUCCCCCCAGAUGAAUGGUGCGGCGGCGGCGGCAGCGGCCGCUGCUGCGGCGGCGGCAGGAUACGGACGCUCCCCAGUGGUGGGCUACGAGUCUCCACACCCGCACAUGAGAGUGCCCGGCUUGCCCGCCAGCCUGCAGUCAGCCGCCUCUGGAAAACCGGCUUACUCGUUCCACGUGAGUGCCGACGGGCAGAUGCAGCCUGUGCCCUUCCCCCCCGACGCCCUGCUGGGCCCGGGCAUCCCUCGCCACGCCCGGCAGAUCCACAGCCUGAGCCACGGCGAGGUGGUGUGCGCCGUCACCAUCAGCACGUCCACGCGUCACGUCUACACGGGGGGCAAAGGCUGCGUCAAGGUCUGGGACAUCAGCCAGCCGGGCAGCAAGAGUCCCAUGGCGCAGCUCGACUGUCUGCAGAACCGCGACAACUACAUCCGCUCGUGCAAGCUGCUGUCGGACGGGCGCACGCUGAUCGUUGGCGGCGAGGCCAGCACGCUGUCCAUCUGGGACCUGGCCACGCCCACCCCUCGCAUCAAAGCCGAGCUGACGUCGUCCGCGCCCGCCUGCUACGCCCUGGCCAUCUCGCCCGACAACAAGGUGUGCUUCUCCUGCUGCAGCGACGGAAACAUCGUCGUCUGGGACCUGCACAACCAGACGCUCGUCAGACAGUUCCAGGGCCACACGGACGGCGCAAGCUGCAUCGACAUCUCCAACGACGGCACCAAGCUGUGGACGGGAGGCCUGGACAACACGGUCCGCUGCUGGGACCUGAGGGAGGGACGGCAGCUGCAGCAGCACGACUUCACCUCGCAGAUCUUCUCGCUGGGUUACUGUCCGACGGGCGAGUGGCUGGCGGUGGGCAUGGAGAGCAGCAACGUGGAAGUCCUGCACGUGUCCAAGCCCGACAAGUACCAGCUGCACCUUCACGAGAGCUGCGUGCUCUCGCUCAAGUUCGCCUACUGCGGUAAAUGGUUUGUGAGCACGGGCAAAGACAACCUGCUGAACGCGUGGCGGACGCCUUACGGCUCCAGCAUAUUCCAGUCUAAGGAGUCGUCGUCAGUGCUGAGCUGCGACAUCUCCCCCGACGACCAGUUCAUCGUGACGGGCUCGGGGGACAAGAAGGCCACCGUGUACGAAGUCAUCUACUGAACUGAGUCAUCAACGCACACGCGACUGUACACAGCGGAAAACAGACACUCGACUACUUUUUUUUUGUUUGUUUGUGAAAGAAAGACUCCAAACUGUUUUUUAAUACUUCGAGAAGGAUAGCUGAGAGAGUGCGGGGUUCCUCCAAAGAUGUUUCCUUUUGUUUUUGUUUUUUUACUUAACAAAAUAAAACCUCUGUAGUGGACAUUAGCAACAUAACAUAUUUUUUUAGCUUUUUUUUUUUUUUGUGGACCACAAAGAGGCGGCUUGGAAGUUCAGCCCGCUUCAAACGAGCCUGGCUCUGCUCUGCCUGUACCUAAUUUUUUGGGUUCGGGCGACGGCGGCAAACCUGAUUGUACCAUUUCCGGAAGGCGCAACAACCCGUGUUGUCAAAUGUUGCUGUUUUGUUUGGUGUUUCUUUGGUUUUGGUUUUAAGACUUGCCGAUUCUACCAGAGACGCGACACUUUCUGCUUCAUGUUCAAGGUUCGUUGUCGUUUGCUGGCUUCUAUAUGGAUGUAAAUAAAGUUCUGGAAAGGCA